CGCGAGUCUCCACUGCGAGCACGGAUUACAAUGAACUCCAAAGUGGUGACUUGUAGAUGCCAGAGUCCCUCCAAACACCCAUCAAACAGUUAGAAAGAAAGGUGGAGCCACUCGCCAGCUGGGAUGAAUUGUGCCAGUUUUGCCAAAGCGCACGAAGAGGAGCUGGUGCGCGCUUUGAAACGGUGAACACGGAGGAGGCGAAGCGUAAAAGGUAACAGGUGGCACUUUAUGGUUCCAGUGCGGCUUUUUUCCCCCCUUCUUCUUCUUCUUUUCAGCCUUUUGUGUCAGUUUUCUAAGAACGUGUUAGCAGCUAUAUGCUCUCAGAGUCAGUGGAGGAAUGUGAACACAAUGUGAGUUCCAGUGGAAGAACAAAAAAAACAACAAAAAAACUGAAAGAAAGCUGCCGUAUUCACAAACUUUCCAGGUGAGCAAUGCGGUCAGCGGCUCCAGAGUGAAGAUCGACUCAGAUGAAUGGACCUCAGCAGGAUGUUUUCUGGUCAGGCUGGUCUCAAUUACAGCUUCAACCUGAGCGAUGACCGGGAGCUGGUGGACGCGCCGGCGGGCACGGCCAAGCUCUCCCCGACGGGCUUUAUAGUGCUGUCCGUGGUGCUGGGCUUCAUCAUGACUUUUGGCUUCCUCAACAACUUCAUUGUCCUGCUUCUGUUUUGCAAAUUCAAGAAGCUGCGCACGCCGGUCAACAUGCUGCUGCUCAACAUCAGCGUCAGUGACAUGCUGGUGUGUCUGUUCGGAACCACGCUCAGCUUCGCCUCCAGCAUCCGAGGGAAGUGGCUGCUGGGGCGCAGCGGCUGCAGCUGGUACGGCUUCAUCAACUCCUGCUUUGGUAUCGUGUCGCUGAUCUCUCUGGUGAUCCUCUCCUACGACCGCUACAGCACUCUGACUGUAUACAACAAGCGUGGGCCCGACUACCGCAAGCCCCUUCUGGCCGUGGGGGGCUCUUGGCUGUACUCCUUGUUCUGGACAGUGCCUCCCCUACUGGGCUGGAGCAGCUAUGGCAUAGAGGGGGCAGGAACAAGCUGCUCCGUCUCCUGGACGGUUAACACUGCCCAGUCACAUGCCUACAUCAUUUGCCUCUUCACUUUCUGCCUGGGUCUACCCGUCUUGGUGAUGAUCUACUGCUACACCCGACUGCUUUGGGCAGUCAAACAGCCCUCUCCUGUCCAUCAUCUGCAGGUGGGUAAAAUCCGAAAGACUGCAGCCCGAAGGAGAGAGUACCACAUACUGUUCAUGGUUCUGACCACAGCAGCCUGCUACCUGCUCUGCUGGAUGCCUUACGGCGUCGUGGCCAUGAUGGCAACGUUCGGGCCGCCCAACAUCAUCAGCCCCGUGGCCAGCGUGGUUCCCUCACUGCUGGCCAAGAGCAGCACCGUCAUCAACCCUCUCAUCUACAUACUCAUGAAUAAAAAGUUCUACAGGUGUUUCCUGAUCUUGUUUCACUGCGAUCACUGGUCAUCGGAAAGCACCUCGAUGCCCUCCAAGACGACGGUGAUCCACCUCAACCGCAGAGUCUACAGCAACACGGUGGCCUGCACUGCCCAGGUCUCCACCGACGCUCUCAACCGCAGUUUCCCGACCACCAAGCACACGACCCCGCCCAAGGUCACGACCUAAGCCCGGAAAUGCUCGACGAGAAGCAGCGUCCCCAAUGAAAUAACUAGACACUUCGAACAAACAAAAGCUACAGUGGAAAUGUGGACUACAGCAUGAAACAUUUAAAACUUCAAUGUGCUUUAUGUGUGAGUUUGUGCUUGUUCAGAAAAGGGUCUGUUUCGUGUCCAUUCGGUUUGCGUUUAUUGUACAGGACACAAAAGGUCUAAACGGCCAGCGAAAUACGUGCAAUGUGUGUGAACACCCGAUCAUUCCGCCUGUGUGACUGUUGAAGCAACUCAUUCCUACACUACAGGUUCACAUUACGGUACUUGAUGAUUUUUCCUGGAAUUACCAAUCUGUCUACUCAGCACUUGUUUUAUGUUCAACAUAUUAGAAAAAGGGUGACACUGUUUGGGAAAAUUAUAACUACAAAUGAAGCCAAUUAGAAGGCUUGAGAACUUUGUGGCUUCUUAAAACUUCUUUUUUCAGCAGUGAGGACAAUUUCUUUCAGAAUUAAAGCAUUUAUGUGCUUUUAUUCCUUUGCAAUGCAAACACAAACGAAUUUGGGCUUUUCAAUUUUAAAUUUCCAUCCUUUUUUUUUUCUACAAAACAAAAACCUAGUGCCUAUUCUUUCUUUCUUUUCAAUCGGUCUGUUAUUGUGCCAUGGCGAGGCUAGUCGAUUACAAAUUUGUGCUUUCAUCAGUGGUUAAAUGGAUCGAUGUAGUCAUCAUUUAAAGUCUGUCUUUUCCUCCUUUUGCCUCCAGCCUCUGUAGUGCUCUGGCUGUAAAUAUUGCAGAAUAUGAAAGGUUAUCACAGAAAGACCUUAUUGUGACUUUAAAUUUCACCUCGUAUAUAGGAAAAAGUUUCUAAAUCUGGUCUGCAUGUCGGCUUUUAUUUGAAUUACGUCAGUUUGUGCUUUUGUGCUGUUCCCUCUUUUGAUACAGUUUACUUUGUCUUAUUGCAUUAUUUCUUUGCAUGUGUUCGAGUCCAUUCAAUCCUGAAUUAUUCAGAAAAAAUGGAGACAGACAAUUACUUAGACCUGUACUUGAUUAAAUCCCUGCCCUCUGGUCAGAUUGAGAUGGGAGAAGAGUAACAUUUCACAACAAAUGUGCAGAAUGACCAGCCACAGAGUGAUGGUGAUGGGUGAGGAAGACCUGGAAAACAUCUGAGGAGACAGCGGUGGUGCAACACGCUCAAAGAGCUGAGUUACGGAACUUGUAAAAGCUUCCUUUGUUUGUGGCUUAUGUCGGCGUGUGGAUAUCUACAUCCACACAUUUCUGGACUACAUGGAUGGAACAUCUGGGAAUGGUAAUACACACAAACUGCUGAAGUGUAACGGCCCUAAUGACAUGUUGACGAGGCUUCGUGCAGAUUUCAAGCACGACUGAUAAGGACUUGCUCAAGAUGGAGUUGUUUCCCUCGAAAACAGCAAAGACGAACUCUCUUACUGCGGAGUCGUGAUGAGGCUCAGCCAAAUGUGUUUUCUGACAAUCUGACUUGAGCUCAUCUGGAAGCUGAUUUGAGUUUGUUCCAGCUGCGAACAGAUGCCAAACCUAAGACAUCCAAGUGACGUUCGUUUUACCAUCAUCAUUCAUCAACUGUCUUUCAUUGUUGGGUUUAAUUGUUUUAAUAAAUACCAUUGCUGUGCAAAAGAAA